AAUAAAUAAAAUGAGCAGAGGCUGUUUUCAGUUAAGUGGUUGUACUUUUGCAUUUUCGGCAUUGAAGACAGUAUGAAGGAGCAGGACCUGUACGACCAGUGUGUGGUGUGUUUAAACCGUGCGAAACCGUGCGAAAACCGUGCUGCGUUGGUCUCCUGCAAUGCGAUGUUCUCGAUCGACGGCGUCAACGUGAGCUGCGCGGCAAUGUACGCCAACCUAAUUGAAUUGACGGAGAUCAACUUAACAGACCUAGAAGAGGAGCGUUUGAAAAUUUGUUUAGCAUGUCUACCAGAGCUGCACAACUGCUACAUGUUCAAGAAACGCGUUAUUCAGUCGUUCGAAAGCCUGAUACGGGCUAUCCAGGAACAAAAAGCUCAUACAGAGCUAAUUGUGGAGCUAGUUGACGGUGUGGUUGAUCUAGCAAGCGAGGAACAGUGUAAAAAAUCCCAAGGCGACGUCACCGACGAUACGAACGAAGAACAUUUAAUGGCAGAAUACAUCGACGAUUAUGACAACGCGGAAAACGAGGAAAACAUUCGCAUAAUCGAAGUGUUAUCAGAACCCGAGUCAGUAGAAACAGGAUAUGUACCGUCGCAGGAUGCCGAAACGCCAGAAAAUGCUGCUUGUUUGACGACAGGACAGCAAUCAUCAGACAAGUGUCCACACUGUGCGGAGAUUCUACCCUCUUCGACCACGAUUAUGCAGCACUUUAUGAACAACCACUGCGUCACCGACCCAUCCCAGGGGCCAACGUGCGAGAUAUGUACCCGUAACUUUCAGAAUCUCAAAACGCUGCGCCAGCAUCUACGGGUUCACCUCGACCAGAAACGGUUCGUUUGUCGGCACUGCUGCAAAUCGUUCUUCUAUCGGCACCACAUGCUAACGCACGAAGUAACGCACAGCGACGACCGUUCGUUCUCCUGUGACCAGUGCCCGAAAUCGUUUGCGACCAAAAAUCGUUUGAAUUGGCACAAAAAGAUGCACGAGCCGUAUGCUGCAUUCCAGUGUGACGAGUGUCCGAAGCGGUUCAGAGUGAACCAUCGUUUAACGCUUCACAAAUGCGUCAAACACAAUGCAGCAACGGCCAACUUUGAGCCGGUCAAGUGUGAGAAAUGUGGCAAAGAACUUUUCUCACGACCGGCCGUCUCGUACCACGCGCGAUCAAAGUGUCACGACGACGGAUUAUCGAAACAGUACCGCUGCAUUGUUUGUCGCAUUUCUUUCCCGGCACUUGCAACGUUGUUGCAACAUCUGAAGGACGAGCAUAACGAGCAGACCGUUCCCGGGUCAUGGAAGCAUCAGGAACACAGUCGCCCUUUCCAGUGUGAUAUUUGCAGUCAGCGAUUCUCUCAAAAAAUAGUUCUAAGGCGCCACAAACUAAUACACAAGGGAAUAAAACCGUUCGAAUGCGAGCACUGCCACCGACGCUUCACGCAGAACGGAACUCUGAAAACGCACCUUCGGACUCAUACCGACGACCGACCGUUUCGUUGUAAAAUCUGCGGACAGCAUUUCCGGUCUGCUGGCUCGCUAAUGGCACACAAGAGGAAGCACUGCAACAAGAACAGCACGGAGAGAGUGGAGUCCCCAUGAACGAACGCAUCCUUGAACGGUUCCCAUGAAUAAAUCGGA